GGGCAACAAUUUACCAGCAGCAGCGGCAGCACCCUGAGUCCUGAAGCGCGUCUCCCCAGCUGGUACUAGAGUUCCAAUUUGCGGUGGCAGCCGUGCUUCUCAUACGCAAUGCCAUCUCACGCCUGCCCAGCCAAGCAUCUCGACCAAUCAAGAUAACGGACCGACCCUCCUGCUCGCCUGCUCGCUCGCCUCCUCGCCUCAGUCUCAACCUCAGAACUGGACGCUCACGAACUUUCCCGGGGUACUCGUGCCGUCUUCUUGCAUGGUCUUCGCGGUGCUCAAGGCGUUCACGGAACCACGGCGAUUUUGGUCGAGUCUCAGGCUUUCAGCAUUCUGACCGGGUCAGGUGAAGGUUCGCUCCGAUUAUUCGUGGAACUCCCUUUUACGAUACCGGGCAAUAUCAAUGAGUUGAGCCCAACUGGUCUUAGCUUUCGUCCCUGAGUUCCUCCCUCGAGUUGAUCAGAGGAGUGGCCACCUGCAUCCUUACCAUUUACGAUUUGCGGCUUGGCUUGGCCUCAUGGGUCUUUUCUUCCAUGCUGGCUGAUCCGCUUGUUCAUGAUCUUCUCUUCCAUCCCACCUGCUCUUACCCUUAUCCUUCAUCACCAUCACCUUUUCACUUCUUCGCGCGACUGGCUCGUGAUUUUACUUGAUUUCUCGAUGCAUUUGUAGUGUUGUGGGAGGCUUGGACUUGAUUACCUUCCGCCCGUUCAUUCUGGCGUCUCCAAAGGUCCACGUCGUUUUGGCGGAGGAUCAACACGAGCAUGGCAUCUUUGGAUGACAUACCAGAUGGCUCCUUAGAGGAUCUGGACCAGCACGAUUCCCUCACAGUACAUUCAGAAACACAUUCAUUGACGAGACGGAAAGGCGGUAGAGAUAACGAUGACGACGACGAUAACAUUGGCAAGGACUUCGUGAAGGGCAUCAAGGACCUGUUUGAUAAUGGAAGUAGACGGGGAGAAGGGACUCGUAGUAAAUUCGAGGACGACGAGCCUGAGAGAAGAGACAGGCCGGGUAAGAAGAAAGGCCCUUCAGCGAUAGAAGCAACACCAGCGCCAGAACCACCACCGUCUCCUCUCCCCACUCCACCUUCUCCACCUCCUCCACCGCCUCCACCACCGCCAGCUGCUACGCCAACUCCUCCUGCACCACGUGUUGCUUCUACAACAUCAAUUCCACUUCUGACUUCGACGCCAGUCAGUGUAAAUAAUUAGAAACGUUGAACUUUGCUAAUACAAUACAGACCAUCACACCAAACUUGUUUUCCACUACACGGGGACCAUCACUAAUUCCGACUUUAACACUUCCGUCUUCGAAAUCCUCAUCAUCUUCACUUCUAGAAACUCCGUCAGUCCCCCAACAGCCUCAAAGGGGAGACGGCAAGCCCAAUGGCACUAAACUUGGACGGCCUUCUAGGCCUCCUGGGACAACUGUGACUGAAAUGCAGACCGUAAUGGUAACACCCCAGAGUGCUACAUCAACACCUACGUCGUUGCCAGGAAUCACUCCACCGAGACCAGAUAGAAAUAACGGCGGCAAGGGAAAUAGAGAAAAGGGGGGAUUGUCUCCACUAGCUGAGCGACUUUUGAUUGCCGCUGGUGCCAUAGGUAUGUUUUGUUGUUACGAAAAUAGCACGUGUGGUCUAACAUUAGUCUAGGUACUUUCAUUAUCAUCAUGACCAUAGUCUAUCUUGUUUUGAUUCGGAAAAGAAUUGACCCGUGGGGAAAAGUGCGAAAUAGAAAGAUUCGCAGAGGCGGCAACAGAGAUUUUUACGGUUGGCGGAAAGGGGACAAUUCACAUGAAGCCCCACCAUUAUACUCUGGCGAUGAGUAUGGCUAUCCCGUCGAGAAAAAGGAUCUCGGUUACCAGUACGAUCCUCCUUAUUCUCCAACGGUCAAGGCAGCCACUCUGGCUCCUUUAACAAUUCCCAAUGUUUCCAAGAAACUGGUCAAUACAGGUUCACGUGAGAAUUCUCCUGACCAAGCACAAAUCGGACUUGCAUUUGGUACCUACUCACCCCAUGAGAGUCCUAUCUCGGGACCUCCAGCUUCCUACAACAAUGCGGGACGACGAAACACAUUGCUCGGAAGGCGACCGUCGGAUGCAAAUACCAACUAUGGCCUUACACAAAAUAGCAUGGGCACCAAUUUUCAGUCUGCAAACCAGGAUUAUGCAACUGCUGACUCUAACCUCACGCAGAAUACUAUGCUCACACAACCAACUACCAAUUUGCAGCCUACCAAUCAGGAUUUGAGUCACAUGAGCUAUUUGUCGUCACUGUCUUCUGGAUUUGGUGACGGUCUUAUGGUCGAACCCACCGACCCUAUUGGUCCAGUGCAAGGCUAUCGACAAUCUCGAGCGCCCGGAACCUUUUCUUGGAUGCAACCGACGGGUCAACACAGGGGCAAUCGAGACACCAUUUCUACCACGACAUCGGAAGAAUCAGCACCACGUUUCCGAACCGUCAACUCCUGGGUAGCCCAGCAAGCUAGUCAAGUCAACGGAGCAAAAACGGACGAUUCCAAUAUUCCCGAUGUCCCAACUAUCCCCCGGAAUUUCGAGCGAAAACUUAACGAAGAUCCAGUCUUCAAGUUUCACCCUGGCCAGGAAGUACAGAUCUCGCGGGGCUCCAGAGUUCCCAGCGAGAUCUUGAACCGCAAAACUGGCAUCUCCAAAUAACCCGCGUCCAACAAUUUUUCCUUGCGUCUGGUGGAAAUACCCCUGUAAAUAUAAAGAAGAGAAAGAAUGUGUUUCUUUAUUUGUAUAUAUACAAAGACUGUGUGGGACAGCAAAACCGACAGAUCUUGUUUUCGUUUAGGCCUGGAGCCUUGAUGUCGUACUUUUAAUGAGUAGAGUCAUGCGCGUUGGUUUUCUAGCAUGGGUCAGAAUUAUGAAGGCGACGGACCAUUUCUUCCAUUACGAUCAACCACACUCGACA